CUUGAACUGCAGGUUAGAGACGUAGCUAGUAGCUGAUCUCCCAAGACUAUAUAAGCAGAAAUGAACACCAUUCUAGAGGUUGCUGUCACUAGAGCAGAGACCUAGGAUUUUGAAUAUAACCGAGUUGCAAUGAAUCCUACACUCCUUCUCACACUCAUCGCCAGCUCUAUUGGAGCCGCUGCUGCCCAGGCGUCGGACUGCUCAUGCAUCAACGGCUUCGACCCGGACGUCUUGCCCGAGAUGAACGUGACAGACUUUGUGGCGACAGCGUAUCCCAACGGCACAUCCGUCUACUCCUUUGAUCUCGCCUACUGGCCGGGCGUGGGCCUCGCCCGUUGCCAGGCCACGCUGCAGGGCUCGCCGGGCGUGUUUGUGUCCGUCUGGGGCGACCAGUACUGCUCGAAGAAGGCAGACGGCAGCUUCGUGCCCAUCUGGUGGUACUGGAGCCAGUCCUUGCCGGACCGGGGUUACGACUUGCGCGUCGAGUCCAAGUACAUCGACGAUGCAGGAUUCUGCCUCGAGUGUCUGGAGUGGGGCACCCAUACCGUGUCGUCUUGCAAUUUUGGGCGCUCGGAGAAGCUGAUUGAGUAUCGAGGAAGUGGGGAUUUCGCCAUCAUCCCGAGGACGGUCCACAGAUAACCAAGGCGUGGCGGUUUGAAGAGUUGGAAAAGAGGUUAGGUGGAGGAUCGUAUAGCUGCCCAAGCCGUACAAGGGUGGUGCUGAAUUAUUUGAUACUGAACGAAAGAGUGUCUGAAGCAAGCUACUCCCUAGCUGCCCACCGGGAUAGAUAGUGAGGAGGCAACUGGGUUCAGCCCACCCCAGAAGACGUAGAAACGAGCGAACUCACCA